GCGCCAAGUGCUGCUUCUGUUGCGAGUAUUGUUUCUUUGGUGUGUUUCAAAAGGUUUUUUUUAAUGUGUGAUUCUGCUUAAAAUGUGUCUAAGAUUUUGAUGUGUCGAUUUAGUGCAUGUUUGUGUAUGGAAACAUUAAAAAAAAGACACUACUUUUGUGUGGUAUAUUAUAUGGUUCGGCAAACUGAUAAUGAAAUACAUACAUUUACAUAAAUUUUCAUCGAAUCUUGGAUGAAUGAUGCAACAACAACAACAGAGUCACACAAACUAUUGACACUUGAGAGUGGAAAAAUUGUGAAUUGAAAAUAAGCAGCUCCAGAUAGAGACAAAAACGAAACAAAAGUGAAGAAGAAAAACGAAGAAGAAGCAAAAAAACAUACGAAGAACACAUGAAAUAGAUUGAAAAAUGUACGUAAAGCAAUCGCAAGUACAGUAAACACACAGUGUUUUCCCUUGUCAGAAGGCACAUUGAUAACACCGACACAGGCAAUUCGAUGUACACGAUUCAUCAUUCGGUCGAGAUAAUUUUUCAUUCCUGAGUCGAAAAAUGAUUUCAUAGCAGACGCAUCACUGUAUCGCGUUAGAUUGUUGGAUACGGUUACAAUUUGGUGUGUCCUGGAAAACGAAAUCAACAAUAGCAGUCAUCAUCUAACGAUUAUUUUUUGAAAAUUACGAUUUAACAAACGAACGCGCGUCAUCCACUACCAUCGUUCGUUUUUUCUUCGCGCAAUUCAAUUUUUUUUUUCGCUUGCUCUCUUAUCAAUUCUUAAGCUGGGAAUUUUACGUGAUUUAUCAAAAACAAACCAAAUUAUUUGUGACAGUAAAAAAGGAUACCAGUAAAAUAAGAGCAACAACAACAACAACAGCAACAAAAAAAACAGGGGAAAAUAAUUUAAAUGCAAAAAUUUCAUAUCGACCGUUUGUGUGAUAUUUAAAUUGUGCAUGUGAUAAUGCUCCAGAUAAUUUUGUGCUAAAUUUUCCUGUUGUUCGUGUGUUUGUGAGUUUAUCAAAAGAACCUUGCGUCGGAAUCAGAAGAAAAAAAUCAAUCAAAAACCAAAAAAAAAUAAUGGCCAAACCAUUAGAAAAUGUAGAUUUCAAACACACACUCCACAAUUAUGAUUAUGAUAAAGAUGAUGAGGAUAAUGUUGAGUCCACAAUGGUCCACUAUCCAAAAUUAGUCGAUCUACAAUCGAAUAACGUUGCGCCAAUGCAACAUCAACAGCCAACAACAACAACACCACCACCAUCACAACCACCGACGACGACGACGACGACGACGACGACAGCGACGACACAAUCAUGUGUUCUGCAACAAACAACAGUGAGUGUUCAUCGUAACGGACACAGUCGUAAUCCAUCUUCAAUAAAUGGCAUUACAAUUGCAACGCAAGUCAUUCAACCACCACCAAAUAAGCCCGAUGCAAUUCAAAGCCUGCUAAAAUUGAUUCGAUUCCGCAGUGACUAUGAAGAAUGCGACGAAAAAUCAGUUAACCGACAAAUCUGCGGCAUUCGCGAAGCACGUCUAAUCAUGAUGUUCAUCCUCAUCGUCGUAUUUCUUAUCAGUGGAGCCGUCUUCUUUGUGAUGUGGUUUACAGAACUCUACAACGAUUCUAUUGUUUCUUCUUUAGUGUUAGCAAAAAAUUCAACUGCCUUACAUUACUUCAUCCAGCCGCCAUUGAAUCCACAGUUAAAAGUGCACAUAUUCAAUUAUACAAAUACGGAACGAUUUUUAGAUGGCCUAGAUAAGAAGCUGAUAGUUAAAGAUAUCGGACCGUUUGUCUAUACCGAGAAAACCCAAAAAGUCGAAGUUGUAUACAAUGACAAUAACACCAUCUCUUAUCGGGAGCAUCGAUCAUUUGAUUUUCGUCCAGAGUUAUCGGCCGCCCAUCAAUUUGUUCCGUUAAUUGUGCCAAAUGUGCCAUUUUUGACAGCUGCCUGGCAAUCAUUAAAAUGGGAUUACUUGAAAACCGCCGCAUUCAACGUUGCCACCUUUGCUAUUACCUUGAAACCUUUCGUGCAUGUGCCAGCACAUUCAUUUUUGUGGGGUUACGAUGACCCUUUGAUAGAGAUAUCAAAGACAUAUGGUGACAGCAAACCCAAAUUCGAUAAGUUCGGCAUGUUAGUUACGAGAAAUGGGACCAGUGAAGAAACAUUUACGGUGAACUCAGGUGUUGAUGAUAUUCGAAAGCUAAAUGUGAUUGACAAUUUUAAAGGGCAGCCACGUAUGAAUUUCUGGUCAACGAAUGAGUGUAAUCGCGUUGACGGCUCUGACGGAUCCCAAUUCCCUCCACAUUUAAUGGACAAAAAGCACAAACUCGAAGUGUUUAUCAAAGCAUUUUGUCGCAAAUUCCCAAUGGUUUAUGAUUCAGAGGUGAGCUUGUUCAAUGGUGUACCCGCCUAUCGUUACAAGGCACCACGUAAUGUCUUCGAUAAUCCAGAUAAAAAUCCAGCAAAUGAGUGUUACUGCGACAUUGGAUCUGGCAAAUGUGCACCAAGUGGUGUAUUCAAUGCAACACUAUGCUUUGAUGCACCAAUCUAUUCAUCAUUUCCACACUUUUUGUACGGCGAUGAUAAAUUGUUUGAGAAUAUUGACGGUCUAUCGCCAAAUGAAAAUGAACAUUUAACGUUCGCAGAUGUGCAUCCACGAUUGGCAUUCCCAAUGGCCGGUUCAUCACGGUUUCAAAUCAAUGCUCAAGUACACAAAGCCGAACGAAGCGAAUUGAAUCGUUUCGAAAACGAACAAAUACUGCCAGUCAUGUGGAUGGAAGUGACAUCGGAUGAAGUACCUGAAGAGCUUCGGGCCAUGAUCUAUCAUAGUACGUUCAGUGCGAAUGCAAUUCAAAUGUCACUGCGUUACGGGUCAUUGUUUGGAUUGGCGGUGAGUGUAACAAUGCUUGUAGCCGGAUGCUAUCUCAAAAACACCGAAAGCGAUCAAGGCAAAUUUAAAGGCAUUAAAGAUAUUAAAAAGGCCGGUACGGUUACCAUCGAAGAAUUAGUUACGAUCGAUUUAAAUGAUCCGUUACGAACACACACCGAAUCAAAUUAUCUGGUCAAAGAAUAAAAUCUGUAAUAACAAUCAGCAAGUAAUUUAGGUUAUUUUAAAAAACAAAUCACUCCAAAAUGAUAUUAAAUUUUAAAAAUAAACAAAUUGAAAGAAAA